CUUCCGCAUAGAGCGAACGGGGUGUUUACGGGAAGCACCUGAACGUCUCAUAGCAUUGCCAACACUCCAACGGCUGAAACGGAGAAGAUGCAGACUAUAAAGUGUGUCGUUGUGGGUGACGGUGCAGUGGGAAAAACAUGCCUGCUCAUCUCAUACACCACCAACAAGUUUCCCUCAGAGUACGUCCCCACGGUUUUUGAUAACUAUGCAGUGACAGUGAUGAUUGGAGGAGAGCCGUACACUCUGGGACUCUUUGACACUGCAGGUCAGGAGGAUUACGACAGGCUGCGACCCCUCAGCUACCCUCAGACCGACGUCUUCCUUGUGUGUUUCUCCGUCGUAUCGCCCUCAUCCUUUGAGAACGUCAGAGAGAAGUGGGUGCCUGAGAUUACACAUCACUGCCCACGGACGCCGUACCUGCUGGUCGGGACUCAGGUGGAUCUGAGAGACGACAGCAACACUCUGGAGAAACUGGCGAAGAACAAACAGCGAGCGGUGACCUUUGAAGGAGCGGAGAAACUGGCUCGAGAACUCAGAGCGGUCAAAUACGUGGAGUGUUCAGCUCUCACACAGAAAGGACUGAAGAACGUGUUUGACGAGGCGAUCCUGGCCGCUCUGGAGCCUCCAGACACCAAACCUAAGAAGCGCUGCGUGCUGCUAUAGACACCACAACAGGAGAAAGAGGUGGAGGGAGGGGGAGGGGGGCGUGAAGGUGGUCGACAUGUUUAAACAGUGCCUUCAGCUGCAGUGACUUUAUGUGGGCGUGGAUUUGGAAGAAACAGGCUCUCCAUGGGUUUAUUUUCCUCACAGACACGUGUCGAUUUAACAUGACUAACAUGUGGUGAACUAACAAGGAAAUGUGGGUUAAACUAGGGGGGAGGCGGGUGUAGCAAUAAGAGUUUGAACCUCAAGGGUCUUAAAAAAUAGCAGAGGAUGGAGUAAAAAUUCAAACCGUGAAUGCCUUCAGAAAAUGUCGAGAUUUGUGUAUCAAACUAAGAUAAAAAUGUGUGAUGAUUUGAUGAUAUUAUGUGAUGAAAUAUGUGAAAGAUUUCAGUGGAAAAGCUACUGAGAUUGAGUAAACAGGAAAUCCUGGAUGUGUUUGGAUAAACAAUUUGAUAGUUCUCCUGAUUAGUUUUAAAAUAUCUGUAAGAGAGGAACCAGGCAUUUUAAAUGUCAGUAACUUUUACCCUCAGCCAAACACAAAACAAUCAAAUUUACUUAUAAUAAACUGAUUUAAUAUGAGGAAUAAAUCAACUGUUUCCAGGUCUUCACAUUUUUGUAAUUGCUAGCACGAGUUUUAAUACCAUACAAAAAAGUUAGUUUUGCAAUCUAAACAACCACAAACUUUUGCAUGUUUUUUUUUGAGGAAGCCUCCAAGAUCAAACCUUAUUUAAGCUUUUAAUGGUAUAGUCACUCUUUUAAAAAACAAAAAUCUAUCUGGACUUGCAUGUUUGAAAUAAGCAAUAUUUUACAAAAUGUAAAUAUAAAGAAGCAAGGGUUGUAAUCAAAAACCAUUGCAACUUAAAUCUUUGUUUCAUCUGGCUGUAUUUUCGAAGGCACGUUAGGGACACCUGGAAAAGUGAAAAAUAAGAAAUUAUCUGUUUAUUUUUAAGAAAAAAAAAUGAGAUUAUAAGAUGGUAAAUUUAUGAGAACCAAACUCAUAGGUUUUGAGUUUUAAAGGUUGUGAAUUUAUAAGCUUUGACUUAAUUUUUUGAGUUUUAAAGCAGGAAAAUAAGGCUUAAAAAAUUCAAAUUUAUAGCAACAAAAAUUUACGAAACAGUAAAGUUGUACAUUUUUGAGAAAAGAAACUAAAAGCCCUGGUUGAACCGGAGUUGGCUCCUGGAUGCCAGUAGUGUGUUAUUUUAUUUUGAAAUAGUCCCAGUUUACAUCACUGUCUUUUCAAAGUCUCAAUGCCAAUGUAUAUUUGAUAAUUCUGGGCUAAAAUCACAACUAUUUCCUGAAGAAAACAGUCUAUUUUCAACUUUAGAAUUUAAACAAUUCUAAGAAUUAAUUCUUGUAAAUGUAUGACAUUUUGAACUUAACAAAUGUUUUUCUAAUAGAGUAAAACAUCUGAGUUUUGUUUCUCAUCAAUUUCAUCUAAAAAAAAUUGAGUUGUUCUCAAAAAUCAAUUAUUUUUUUUCAUAUUUAUUUAUUUAUUUUUCAUUCAUUUUACCAGUGGCCCUAAUAUACCAUUGCACAUUUUUAAACUUACUUUAAAUGUCUGGAAUUUUUUACAUCUUGCCCAAUGUUUGGGACGUACUCUUUGGGAAAUGUGACUCACCAGUAUUUCAUGAGUGUUUAGCCAACAGGGUUUUAACCACAAAAAGAGCAGCAGAAGUAAUAAAUACACCUAUCUCAACAUGAAAAUGAUGCUCUUUGAUUUACAGAGAAUGUAAAAAGAAAAUAUAUAGAAAUAUUCUCAGCUGUUGGGUUUACUUGGGCAAAGUGACUCUUCCUCACUCUUCUCUUCCCUGUCAGAGUUUAAACUGUAAGGACCCUGGUAUAAAGGCAGCGUUCCCCUAAAAAUGCGUAAAUAACAUGUGAUAUCUUAAUUUAACAGCCUUUGCUGUUAUAUUAGAUGCUGUGAAAUAGAUUCCAGUAUAUUAAGCACCUGACCUUGUCAGGCUGUCCUCCCCUGCUUCAUCAUCUUCCUCCACUUACUGAAAACCAAGUGCUUGUUGGUGUGCUAGCACCUCCUAGAGGCCUUAAAGAGGAAAUGCUCAGUUAAAAGGCUUAUCUUUAGGUUUUUUGCAAACAGUUGAGGAAAUCAUCGUUUAAUACAUAUAAAUGAGACCAUUUAAACUCUAGACUCAAUAACGGUUCAUUCAGCACAGUCUGGUUGUUGUGUGAAUGGGUGAAUAAUUGAUCCUUGGACAACAUUAACAUUUUAACCUUUAAACUGAGCUUUUCUCCAUUAAAAUGAACAAAAAUCCUCCUCUGUUGUUCUUUUUUCCUCUGUUUUAGAGAUUUAACUUUAUUCUGAUAAUGGAUGGAUGAUUUACAAGUAUUAUAUAAAUAUAUUUUGCUUCUCAGUGUUUCUUGGGAACAAUAUUUUAGCCUUUUUUUUGGUUUUGAAACUAGAGUUUUUGUUUUUCUUGUUAGAUAUUUUUACUUUUACUUGACGGUUGAGUGCCAACAGUGUGAAAGAGAAGUACUGGCCUGGUUUGACAAAAUAAACGAUCAUGAUAGUAAGCUUCUAAAGGCAGAAAAAGCAACAGAUAAACAGCCAGAGCAAUAACUGCAGAUGUAAAAAAAAAAACUGCUCUGUAUCAAAAGAUGAAUGUUGGAACUGCUGGGUUUUGGAAAUAAUAAAAACCAUACUUGAAUGUUCCUUUA